AUGGUUGACAUAACAUCAGACUGUACCUUAGGAACUGAAAACAGGACAAUAUGUAUGGCUACAUUACAAAUGGAUUAUUACAAUAAUAGUUUAUCUGUAAUCUUUGACGGUUUAUCACAAAAUUCAUGGAAUGUAUCAGAAGAAACGAGAAUAAUUACACAUAAUAUGCAGAUAUCAUUCGAUACUUUAAAACUGAAACGUAUAAUCCAAGUAUACUGUUUUGAUAACAAUUCUUGCGUACAAGAUAUUAGACGAAUUAUUAGUACUAUAAGUUUUCCGCAAGUGCAUCCAUCAAGAAUCAUUUCACUUCGAGAAGAGCUUCAAUUGAAAUUAUAUAAUUCUUCAAAUUCCAAUGAUCUUUUAUGUGAAAACAAUCAGAAUGAAACAAUUCCAUGUCCUAAUGGUUUUUGCCAGUUAAUCGAUAACGGUGAAUUUGGCUUUACUCGUAAUUGUAUUCCAGAAGAUUCUUCAAUGUUUUCGCCGAGUAUUCUCAUAGGAUCAAGUAUGGAUAUAACUACAAUAUCAUUUCAAUCGAUGUGUCUCAAUAGUUCAGGCUGUGUUGAAGAUGUGAAUACAACUUAUAACAUGAUGAAAACUUUUAAACAUGAUGAAUUUCGCGGAAAAUUACGGGAACGUUUGUAUUUUUCUAAUCCGUAUGUGCAUGAUCUUACAUGUUCAAAUAAUCAAGAUGAAAGUGUUCCGUGUCCCAAUGGAUUUUGUCGAUUGAUUCGUGGUGAUGAAUCUCAUGUUGAUCGUAGCUGUGUUUCUCAAGGUCUAGGUAUUAAUCCAUCAGGUAUAUUUAUACAGUCGAAUACCGAAGGAAGAUCAAAUACUACAACAAUAUUUACUUAUGCUUGUAAUAAACCAAUGUGUAAUGGAGCUGAAACAGAUGCAUACGUAAAACAAUUGAUAGAUGAAUACGAAUUGUCGAGUAUAGUUUUAGCAACGACAGCAGAAACAACUAAAACCGUAACACCUUCUACUACAAUAACGGUGACCACAUCAAGAACAGUGACAACUACUACUAAACCAAUGGUGACUACAACAGAAAAACCUGCAGUAGUAACACCUUUGGCAACAAAUAAGCCAGCAACAAUCACUACUGAAGAUUCUACCACUACAACAACACCGGAAUCAAAUGCAGCACUUGGUAUAUUGUAUGUGACGUGCAUGAACUUUCAAUGGAUACUUCCUUUGGUUAUAACAAUUCUUUCACAAAUAUAA